AUGUUGAAUAUAGAGCUGCCAGGUAGCAGGAAAAAAGAGAAGAGAAGGAGAAGGUUCGUGUAUGUAGUGAAGGAGGACAUGCAGAGGGUUCAUAUGAGGAGGGCACUAGAGAUAGGGGAAUACAUUAACAAAGUAGCAAAGCAUUAUUCUAAACCCUGGAAGAAGCAGGAGAAGAAUUACCAAAGAAUGAGAUUACAGCUGAAAAUCAAUUGCAAUGGGUCCAGAAAUGGUAUUCUUACCCAGGAGAACACUCCAGUGGGAACAAAGCUUAUUCAUCAAAUUAAGAAGAAGACCAUGCAGGUGACUCCAGAGAUUUUCAAGACUUUUAUAAAGGAGCAUCCUUUCUCAGAUAAAAUGUGGGACACCUGUUCAGUUGUUGGGAAUGGUGGGAUCCUGGGGAACAGUGGCUGUGGGAAAAUGAUCGAUUCAGCAGACUUUGUUAUCAGGUGUAACCUAGCUCCUUUAGAAAAGGAAUUUGAGAAGGACGUUGGCUCGAAGACUGACCUUGUGACAGCAAACCCGAGUAUUCUCUAUGAGAAGUACCGUUCUUUGAUGGGUCUUCGCCGUCCAUUUGUGGACAGACUACGAAAGUACGGCAAUGCUCUGCUCCUCCUUCCUGCCUUCCCCGCUGGUAGACAAACUACUGUGUGUCUGCGGGUGGUGCACACCAUAGAGGACUUUAAAAGCCCUAUUCAACCUGUUUUCUUCAACCCUCAGUAUCUUGACAGUGUGGCCCAAUUCUGGCGCUCUGAAGGCCUGAAAGAAGUGCGGCUCAGCACUGGAUUAACUAUGGUUACUUUGGCGCUAGAAUUGUGUAAAAAUGUGCAUCUGUAUGGAUUCUGGCCCUUUGGUAAUCACCCAUAUGGCCUCUAUACUCUGACUAACCACUAUUAUGAUGACAGACCAGUUAAUAAGUAUGUCCAUAAAAUGCCAGCUGAAUUUGACCAGUUGUUGCGGAUGCACAGUCAAGGCGUGCUCAGGCUUCACUUGGGUGACUGUAAAACAGGUGACAACUAG